AUAAGUUAUUAUUUGGAUCGUGGAACACAGCCUAAGGGAACCAAGCUACUACGGGAUUUUGGGCGUAUAGACAAAACAGGUCUGGAGGAACGGUUAACUGUUAUCUACAAACUUCCCUAAUCUGAAACCACCCAUUUGCCGAGCCAAACUCCCAUUUGCUUGGUGAGCUUUGAACUACACACAGAGAAUCCUCAAAGAAAUUGUCAAGAAACAGAAGUUGAAGAAAGUAGCAAAAAUGCCCACUUUGAAUCUCUUUACAAAUGUUCCAGUGGAUGCUGUGGUUACGUCUGACAUCCUCAAGGAUGCCACUAAAGCUGUCGCCAAGAUCAUUGGCAAACCCGAGUCUUACGUGAUGAUAGUGCUGAAUGCAGCAGUGCCUGUUGCAUUUGCUGGUACAGAAGAGCCAGCUGCAUAUGGAGAAUUGAUCUCCAUUGGGGGCUUGGGACCAAGUGUUAAUGGACAAUUGAGUUCAACAAUUGCAGAUAUUCUUCAAACUAAACUUUCCAUAGAUAGUUCACGGUUCUAUAUCAAAUUUUAUGAUGUUCAGCGCUCGUUCUUCGGAUUUAAUGGCUCAACAUUUUGAGCAGCAUUUGGUCCAAAUAAAUAGAUGAUGGAAGCUGAAGUUAGUACUCAUUUGCCUAAUGGCUUCUAAACCAUGUUCAAAAUACAUGACUUCUAAAGCCUUGGUCAUGUGUAAUCUUACUUUGGAGAGAACAAAGCUCCAUGGAUUGCCUGUUUAAUUAAUGGAGAAAUCUUCUUCGAUA